AUGGCCGAAGAUAGUGAAUCUACUGAGUCCACUAUGUCAAUUGAAUCCGAUCCGUCCGAAUGUCCAGAGAAUGCUGAUGAUCAUGAUGACCUGUUAUCUAGUGAAGAAGCGAACCAUGUUGAGUGGAUGAUCACUGAGGAUGGCGAGUUAUUCGCGGUACCAACUGAGAAUGCGACCGAAGAACAAGCGAACGAAAUUCUUAACAACAUGCUAUCAAUGUUCUAUGUGCCAUCGACGGAUGAGGAGGGAAGUUUGGGUGUUCUGAAUCUGGGGACAAUUGGCGAACAUGGGUUAGAAUUGGAAGAAGCAAAUGGAGACUUGUUCGAUGUGCCAGUGAUCCAGGUGGAUGGUGCGUUCGGAGAAAUGAAUGAGUAUGGAGCCAACAAUGAGUACGAAAUGCUAAUGCUUACGGGUAUUGACGAGGAAAAUGAGAAUGGAGCCAUAGAGAAUGAGAUAGAGAAUGAGUUAGAACACGCGAUUGAUCAGUUAAUUGCCAAGUGUGCUCAAGACUAUGUCCCGAAUGGUUCGCAAGCUAUCUUGAUGAUAACGAAUCCUAGCGAGGUGGAUUCAUGCUGGGAGAAUGAAAUGUUUAAAGGUAAUGAACCGAGUGAUGAUGAAGGAAAUGGGAGGUCGAAAGGAAAGAUGAUUGAUAAGGCGGGAGAAGAUGAGAGGCAGAAGGGAAAGAGAGCAGCAGAAUUAGAAAUGGAAUUGGAGAAGGCUAAGGACCAGCGAAUCAUUGGAGUAAACCCGCAUUCACUUGGGAUCGGAUAUGGGAUUAACUCCAAGGUUAAGCCCAGAAUACGGGCAACAGCGAGAAAGUCAGUUGGGAGGAAGUUGGCCACUCCGGCUAAGCGCCCGUGUGAUAUAUGCGGCCAUACAGAUCAUCUGACCGAAGACUGCUUGUAUUCAUCACCGACUAUGCCAUAUAUGGAUAAUUAUACCAAGUGCUAUUGUUGCAGAGGAUUGGGGCAUGUGUCCAUGUACUGCCCGUAUGUUGCGCCAAAUGCGGGCGAAAGAUCUUUGAGAGGAGUUGGGCCAUUAAUGACUGCGGGGGCAGAGGAGAAGUGUUUGAAUGAAGGGAUGCCCUCGUUUUUGUGGGUAAGGCAAUUGUAUAAUUACGACAAGGAAGUUGGGAAUGGCCAAAGGGCAAGAACGGGCAAGUAUGGGCAAGAAUGGGCACAAAUGGGCAAAGAUGGGCGUGUCGUGGCGAAUUACCAACCUUGGAGCCGAAGUCAGCUGAGUCUUGGAGCCGAAGUUGGAGUGACACCUGUCGCCAUCUGUCACCACGCCAUCGUCCGAAGACACCUGUCGCCUGUGGGUGCGGCAGCUUUCCGGACAUGUGGCAGCGGGCGAAAAGCUUUCCCGAAUUUAGUAAAAUUUGCCCUUGGUCGAGGAAACUCUGUCCGAGACUUGAGAAUCAUCGCAUGUGGUCGAGAAAACUUGACCAUGAGUAAGGAAUCGUCGACCGUGCUCGAGAAGUUAUGCCCGAAACCCAAAAAACUUUCCGAGCUAUCGAAUCCGUGA